AUGCGAUAUUUCCACAGCUUGAGCAACUACCCCGGACCCCUUCUCGCCACCCUGACCAACACGUACAAGGCCUAUUAUGUCUACAACCUGACUCUCCACGAGAAACUGCUUGGAUUGCACAUGAGAUAUGGUCCUGUCGUUCGCAUAGGGCCGAAUCACCUCCAUACCUGGGAAGGAGAGGCCAUCGCACCGAUCUACAGGGGAGGCCGGAAUAUGGGCAAGACCGAGUUCUAUAAUGCAUUUACGGCGUUCAAUCCGAAUCUUUUUGGUGGGACGAAUGAAGAUAUACAUUCCCUCCGCCGGAGACAACUCUCGCAUGGCUUUUCGCAGGCUUCGAUUACGAAGCUUGAGCCUCUCAUUGAGGGCCAGUUGAAGAUACUUAUCAACAAGCUGCAGAUGUGCGCAAAGACCGGUGAAAUACUCGAUCUGAAACAGGCGUUAUCUCUAUAUGUCCUUGAUAUUCUUGGCGAGGUAGCAUUCAGCAAGCCAUUUGACGCUCAAGCAAAAGGACAUGCUGAGGAACUUCAUGCGAUAAACGACCAUUUACUCCUAUCUGGCGUUAUUGGUGAAUUGCCCUUGCAAGAUUUCUGGAAGAUGCUCUCUAGAAUUUCGCCCUUGCCCUGGAUGCGUCGACUAAUGAAGAGCCGAAACAACCUCAAGCGAGUCUGUGGCGAGUGCGUGAGAUUCAAGAUCAACAAUCCAUCUGAUAGACCAGAUCUUCUGAGGAGCCUUGUAGAGGCUGUUGAUCCACAGAGCGGGGUAGCAGGAUCACAUUCCACAUCGGGAACACUCACACUUCUCUUCUGGCAUCUUGUCCAGAACCCUGAGAUUAUGAAACUUAUGUACGAAGAAAUCCACACCGUACUAGGCCCUCUGCGCGAAGACCAAAUCGCAUACCCAAUAACAGGCCUAGAAGCCUCUCUUCGCUAUACUAUGGCCUGCGUCCGCGAGAACUUCAGGCUCAACCCAGUCUUUACAAUGCCGCUCUGGCGGCGUGUGGGAUAUCCUACCGGCGUCGAUAUUGGCGAGCACCACAUCCCCCAUGAUACAAGCAUCUGCAUCUCAAACUAUGUCCUCCACCACAACCCUUCCAUCUGGGGCCAUGAUCACAACACCUACAACCCCACCCGCUGGCUUGACGAGAAAUAUCACAGGGAGAACAGCCGUUUCCUGAUCCCCUUUAGUAUCGGGCAUAGAAUGUGCAUUGGGAAGAAUCUGGCAAUGACUAACAUUCUCAAGACUGUUACUACAUUGCUGAGUUUAUUCGAGAUCGAGGCUGUGGUCGGAAAGGAAGGUGUUGCGGUCAGGAGCUCGGGGAUUGGCGAGAUGGAGGGCGACUUUCCGGUCAGGGUGCGGAUUAGGAGGGCUUCAUUGCGCUAG